UGACAUAUUCAUUUUUUGUUUUUUGUUCUUCUAUCCAUAGAGGAAAUCCAAAAUCACAGCAUCUCGCAAACUGAUGCUGAAGAGCUUGCUGCUCGCAAAGGCAAAAGAGGAACUGGAUCAGGAGAUUGUGGACAAAGAAGAGGAGAAGGAGCGCUACCUGACUGAACGGGUGCCCCCACUCCGAACCAGUGGGCUCUCCUACAAUGAGCUGCAGGAACUGUGCCGUGAACUGCACGCUAAAAUUGAUGUGGUAGACGAAGAAAGAUAUGAUAUUGAAGCAAAAGUCAUCCACAACACCCGAGAAAUCCAAGACCUGAACAUGAAGGUGUUUGACCUGCGAGGGAAGUUCAAGCGGCCCAACCUCAGGAGAGUCCGUGUCUCUGCUGAUGCCAUCCUGCGUUCCUUAUUGGGAUCGAAGCACAAGGUGUCCAUGGACCUGAGAGCCAACCUCAAAUCCGUCAAGAAGGAAGACACAGAGAAGGAAAGGCCUGUGGAAGUAGGAGACUGGAGGAAGAAUGUGGAGGCCAUGUCUGGUAUGGAGGGCAGGAAGAAGAUGUUUGAUGCUGCCAAGUCCGGCCCGCCUCAAUAGACAGGUGAGGCAUCACAGACCCUGUGGCUGAACGCAUGGUUAACAAACUGGACAGAUGUAGAGACACGUAGAUUGUUCCCUAGGCCAGUUUAAUUGCAUCACUUUUUCAUUCUUGACUGCUAAGGAGACAUGUCUGAGGUCAUUCGCAUUUAAAGGAUAAGAAAGGAUGAGCUGAUGAAAUCCAGAAAAACAAGAGUAAAUGCACUAACUGGGAUGCAUCUUUUCUGUUAUUUUUUUUUUUUUGUUAUUGUAUUUUCGAUUAAAAGCUGAGGCUGAGAGCCUUAAGUGCCCCUGUGUGUGCAUUUCAUAAUAAAGCAUGUGAAAUGAGCCAGCA